GUCAUCAUCCUGCAGUACGUCCUCAAUCUGCGACCGCCAGCGCGUACGAGAGGGAAAAAAAAUGGCACCUUCUCCAACCAAGAGGAAGGAGGAUGACAAGACUAAAGAGCGAGGGAAGGAUAAAACGGGGGCCAUGAAGGACGGUGCUGAGAAAGACAGGGGCAGAGAUAAGAACCGCAAGCGGCGCAGCGCUUCCAGUGGGAGCAGCAGGUCCAGCUCCAGUUCCAGCAGCAGCUCAGGGUCCAGUUCUGGGUCGUCCAGUGGCUCCAGCUCCUCUGGCUCCAGCCGCUCAGGCUCCUCCAGCUCCCGCUCCUCUUCCUCCUCCUCCUCUUCCCCGAGCCCCAGCCGUCGGCGCCAUGACAACAGACGGCGCUCACGCUCCAAGUCCAAGUCGGUGAAGAAGGAUGACAAGGACAGGCGCCGUAGGAGCCCCACCCCGAAACCCACCAAGGUCUGCCUGGGCCGCCUGACCAGAAAUGUCGUCAAGGAACACAUCCAGGAGAUCUUUUCCACCUAUGGCAAGAUCAAGAUGAUUGACAUGCCCAUGAAUCGCCUCCACCCACACCUGUCUAAGGGCUACGCCUAUGUGGAGUUUGAGACUCCGGAGGAGGCAGAGAAGGCCCUCAAACACAUGGAUGGAGGUCAGAUUGAUGGACAGGAGAUCACAGCCACUGCUGUGCUUGCUCCCAGGAUUCGCCCUGCCCCCCGCAGGCUCACCCCUCCCCGCAGAAUGCCCCCGCCACCACCGAUGUGGCGACGCACCCCGCCGCGCAUGAGGAGAAGGUCUCGCUCACCACGGAGACGCUCGCCGGUACGUCGCAGGUCUCGGUCUCGUUCCCCCGGCCGCCGGCGCCACAGGUCCCGCUCCAGCUCCAACUCCUCCCGCUAGAGAGAAACAUUGCCCCCUUUCUUCUCCGGGAGUCCCUUCCUAGUUCUACCGUCUGUGUGUGCUCUUGGCUUUGUCAAAAUUUGAACGAAGUCUCACAUGAGUCCCCUGAAAAUCCAUGUUAGAACAGUUCCCCGCGGCGUUCUCUAAGGGCAUUGAGAUAUACAGUGAUUUUUUCCCCCCCAAGUUUUUAAGACGACAGACUUAAAUCAUGUGUGCGAUCGAUUUAAGGUCGGCUAGCAUCAAUUUUAAAAAGUGGAACGCUCCAGUUUUCAAAGCCAUUUAGGUUACCGCGAUUGAAAUGUCAACGACAACCUUUGUGUGGAGUGACACAAAACGAGAUGUACUGGUAUGUCCUUUAAACCUGGGGGAUUUUUUUAUAUAUAGUAUGUCUGUUUUAUCUCUUGCUAAGUCGUUGUCCUUUGUGGUAGACCGCAUGUGCCGACCGCACAAGGUAUGACUUUAAUAAGGUUUUUUAAACAAGCGCAAAAUGUGCAGAUCAGCUUUGGACUUCAAAAUAAAGUUUCUGGUUUGA